AUGUUCUGGAAUUGGGCUAUCAUCUCACUCGUUACCGCUAUCGUGGAUGGCGCACCCCUGCAGCAUGUAGAAAGGACGGCAUGCGCAGCACCAAUUCAAAGAAAGGCUUGGCAUACCUUGACGCGAGACGAGAAGAAGUCAUACAUUGACGCUGAGAAGUGUCUUAUGACUCUUCCGGCAAGAUUGGACCUUGCAGACGCUCGCACCCGCUUUGACGAGUUUCAAAAGAUCCACGUUAUACACACGCGAUUCAUCCACGGCGUGGGUGCAUUUCUCCCUUAUCAUCGGUAUUACGUUCAAGCCCACGAAACUGCUCUCCGGACAGAAUGCGGUUACACUGGUGCCCAGCCCUACUGGAAUGAGGCACUCGACGCUGGCAACUUCUCCAAGUCUGUUCUACUAGAUCCCGAGACAGGAUUCGGUGGAGAUGGUACGGGACCCAACAACUGCAUUGUCGAUGGUCCUUUCAAAGAUUUUCAGAACUCGAUUGGUCCCGGUGAAGCGAUUACAGAUCAUUGCAUCGACAGACAAGUCAACGACUGUUCUAGCCGCGGUGCCGCACAGGAUAAUGUGGACGCCUGUAUGACCCGGAAGACUUUUCAGUCGGCAUGGAACUGCCUCGAAGGAAUGCCGCAUAGCGCUGGACAUGGGGGUAUCAAUGGACAGAUGAUGAAUGUUUUUUCUAGCCCAGGAGAUCCGCUCUUCUACUUACACCACACUUAUUUGGACAAACUCUGGUGGGACUGGCAGUCGCAGAACUUGUCAGCACGCCUUACCGAUAUCACAGGUCCUAACCAGGGCACUUUCUUCUUCCCCGGUGGCGGAAAUGGUAGUUUCCCCAUCGGAGGACCGAACGGAACUAUUCCUGGCGGUCCAAAUGGAACAUUUCCCCCUUUCAUACCUCAGCCACCAGGCAACGGUUCUGAUUGUAACGGAUUUGGCGGAUUCCCUGGGGGCCCAGGAGGACCAGGAGGCCCGGGAGGUUUCCCAGGAUUUCCUUCGCCUCCACAGAAUGGUCCGUGGAUUGAGAUUGAUGGUGACCCGGCCAAUAUCACAACACUAGGUCACGUUCUCAAUGUUGAAGGAAGCAUUCCCAGUGUUCCUAUCAAAGACGUUAUGGACAUUCAGGGUGGCACAUUGUGCUAUGAAUACAUCUGA